AAUAAUCUUCAUAGACCCCCACACCAAAGUUGCUCCCUGUGUCUCUCUGACACACCACAAAUUCAGAUAAACGAAGAACAGGACUGUAGCAGUUUGUGGGAGUUCAAACAUUUCUUUCUUCUUUUUUGCCAAUUUUGUACUGUUAACUCGAGUUGUCAUGGCCCAUUAUCAGUCUCUCUUGUCUGCUAUCUUUACAAUUUCCCACUAAAAAGAAACAAAUUAAACACCACUCUUUCAUUUAUUUAUUUCAACCCCUCUUUUUUCUCUCUAAAACACCCCCCACUUUCUCUCUCCAGAAUGAUGAAGAAAUACAAUUAAUGGAAAUGGGUUCCAAUUACAUGACUGUUGAAGGGUCGUCAACCUCUUCUCCUGGGUUGUCUGAUUCUUUAAACGGCCUUAAAUUUGGCCAGAAAAUCUACUUUGAGGAUGUGGGCGGUGGUGGCGGCGGCGGAGGUGGUUCCGGGAAGUCUUCUGGUGGUGGUGGGUUGGUGAAAAAGGGAGGGAAAGGGGUGGUGCAAGGCGGACAGCCGCCGCGGUGUCAGGUGGAAGGGUGUAAUGUAGAUCUUAGUGAUGCUAAAGCUUAUUAUUCAAGGCAUAAAGUUUGUGGCAUGCACUCCAAAUCUCCUGUUGUCAUUGUUGCCGGUAUUGAGCAGCGCUUUUGCCAGCAGUGUAGCAGAUUUCAUCGGCUUCCUGAAUUUGACCAAGGAAAACGAAGCUGCCGCAGACGCCUUGCCGGUCAUAAUGAGCGUCGAAGAAAACCACCACCUGGAUCUUUGUUAUCAUCUCGUUUGGGGCGUCUCUCUGCAUCCCUUUUUGGUGAUAACACCAGCGGAAGUGGUGGCUUUUUAUUGGACUUCUCUUCAUACUCAAGGCAGUCUGAAAGGGAUCUGUGGCCGAGUUCAGAAACCUCUGAACAGGUGUCUGGAAGUCAGUCCAGGUCCAUUAUGUGGUCAGGUGAUUCUGAGGAUCCUCCUCCGAAGAUAUUUAUGCAAGGUUCAGCUAAUGAGUCCAGCUAUUGUUUUCCGUGGGGAGAAUGUAUGACAGGCGUCUCAAGUGACUCAAGCUGUGCUCUCUCUCUUCUGUCAAAUGAAACUUGGAGUUCCAGAAACCGAUCAUCGGGUGCUGGACUAGGUAACUCGAUCAACAAUGACCAGUGUAGUGCAGCUCAUAGUGUUACAGUGGCACAGUUACCCAGCAACAGCAGCAGCAGCAGGUCAUCGUGGGGUUUUAAGGGCAACAAUGAUGCUGAUUGUGUGCCUUCGGGUCAUCUGGGAGUUGGACAAAUCUCUCAGCAGAAUUUUAGUGGUCCAUAUCAUGGUGAUCUUCUGAUGGAACAUGUACAAGAUGGUGGACGACAAUACAUGGAUGUUGACCAUUCAAACUCAAACCAUGUCGACUGGUCACUCUGACUCUUGUUUUCAUUGCUUUUUACAAAGCUUAAGUCGUGUUGCAGUGAUUUCUAUAGGGCUCCCUAUGAUAUCUUCCUAAAUUCUUAAGUUGAUAAUUUAUUUUCAACUGCUCCCUGCACCUUGUGACUUAAGUUGAUUAUUUCUCCCCCAGCAUGUAUUUUCUGUUUUCCUCAACAACUUUCGUGUGAUGCUGUUUGAUUUGAAUAAUUUCUGUUUGCAAUGCAAUUCCCCUUCUGAAA